AUGGCGGACGCCUUCGCGCUGGCUCGGCGCUGCGUGCUACAUCUCGACCUCGAUAGCUUCUUCCUCGCCGUCCACAAGCGGCGCGACCCCACUUUACCGCUGGAAUCGAAGCCGGUCGUCCUCUACCAGUUCCAGGACGUCAUCUGCGCCAAUCGGAGAGCGAAGGCACUGGGCGUCCAGAAGCACAUGCGCCCCCGCGAGGCGCGGGCGCUCGUCGAGCCGCAUGGCUUGGUGAUCCACGCGUUCUGCAGGGACUGGCCGGGGCCGCGCGUCCGCUACGGCCCCUACACCGCCGCGUCGCGAGAGUUCUUCGACGCGCUGGCUGACGCGCUCCGCGCCGCGACCGGCGGCGGGGCGGCGAUCGAGCGCGGUUCCAUAGACGAGGCCUACGUCGAGCUGGCGAUGAUGCCGCAGGACCCGGCGGCCUUCUGCGGCCGACUCCGCGCCGCCGUCGAAGGCGCGACAGGCCUGCGCGUCACGGUCGGCUGCGGUCCGAACAAGCUGCUCGCCAAGCUGGCGUCGAGCGCCGCCAAGGGCACGGACGCGGCGGUCCGGGUCGUCGACGGCGGCGCGGCGGUCGACGACCUCCUCGCCGCGUCGCCGGCGUCCCGCCUGCCGGGCCUGAGCAAGCCUCCGGCGGGCGCGAAGACGAUUUCCGACCUCCGCGCCUGUGGCGCCGAGCUCGACGACAAGCUGCGCGACAAGGCCUUCGGCCGCGACGACGCGACGCUCAAGUGCGCGCCGCCGAAGACGGCUCAAGUGGCGAGCUGGACCGGACAUUGCGACAUGGCGACGCUCUGCCGCCGCGGCGAGACCGCCGCCGUGGCCUUUCCGGCGCGGCGCGGCGGAGGGUCGUGGCUGUUCGAGCCGCACGACGCCGAGGGGCGGUCGAGCGAACUCACGCGGCCGCGCUGGGUCGUGCUCGCGCUGUGCAUCGAUCUCGAGGAACGUUUGCGGCACGACGCCGCUUUGUAUCGGAGGCGGCCUACGCGCCUGACGCUGACGAUACGGCAGCCGGGCACGGAUCCCCUGCCCAUACCGGGAAACAACUACACGGAGGGGGGCUCGAAGUCGCGAUCCGUGCCGUUCCCCGCGCCGCAGCCGUCCCCACCGGAGGAGGCGGAGGCGCUCGUCAAGCGCAUCUGCGGCGGCGUCUCAUCUGAAAGCGUAGACGUGCCCGACGACGCGUACGGCCGAAUUAGUGCGCUCGUCGACGCCGUCGCGACGGCGCUCGAGGCCUGGGCGCGGGAGCAGGGCAACCCGCGCGUGGCACACUUAUCCCUAGCUGCGGGCCACUUCGACAGCGGCCCGGCGCCCGUGCCGAUCACGGCGCUGUUCAAGCCGUCGCCGAAGAAGAAGAAGCGCCCGGCGCCGGCACCUCCAGCUUCUCCGAGCUUCGCGGGCAUCGACGGCGCCGACGUGGACCCUGCGACGCUCUCGGAGUUGCCGCCGGCCGUGCGCGCGGACGUGGAGAGACAAAUGCGCCUCUGGGAGGGAUCUCGCAAGCGGGGCGGCGGCGUCUCACCCUCGCCGCCCGCGACGCCGGCCUCCAAGAAGAAGCGGACCCCGACGAAGUCGCCGAAGAUCACGGCCUACCUCCCGCCGUCUCCGGCGUCCCCCGCGCCCGCCGCCGCGCUCGACCAGAUCCUCGCGAUGGGCUUCGGGCCCAACCGGGCGCAGCGAGCGCUCGACGCGGCCAACGGCGACGCGCAGCGCGCCAUCGAGCAGCUGCUGGGGGGCGGCUAA